AUGGCGCCAUCAAGAAAAAUGAAGGGCAAGGCGCGCGCCGAGCCGAAGACCGAGGCUGCGCUCCCGCUCGGAAAGCAGCUGUCGCACACUGAUAAGGCUGUCCGCGACCAGGCGGUGCGCAACCUGACUGCCUUCCUUUCGCGCGGAGGACAGGGCGAGGACGACGAGGAGGGACCGAGCGGAUACACGCGCCUGAGUGAGACGGAGAUGGCCAAGCUGUGGAAGGGACUGUUCUACUUCCAGCAGGCGCUCGCGCAGGAUCUGGCCAACCUUCUGCUCCUCAUCAACCCGGCCGGAGGGGAUGCUGCGCGCCUCGACGCGGCGCUCGCCUUCCUCGAGGGCUUCUGGACCGCUCUCGUGCGCGAGUGGAGUGGCAUCGACCGCCUCCGCAUCGACAAGUACUACAUGCUGAUCCGUCGAUACGUGAAUGCCACCUUCCGCCUGCUACAGCGUGAGGGAUGGAACGCCGACGCCGUGAGCAAGGUGAACAGCAUCCUGACCGCGGUGCGGGGGCCGAUGUCGUGGCGGGAGAAGAGCGUGCCGACGUCGCUGGCCACGCAUCUUGCCGACGUCUACCUCGACGAGCUGGAGAAGGAGGAGCCUGUCCCCCUCGUCUCGGUGCUGGAGCCCUUUGCCCAGCUCGCCGCCAACACGCGCACACCGACCGUGCACACCCGCCUCAUGAGCAUGGUCUUCUCGCCCAUUCUCGCCGCCCUCAAGGACGAGGAGGACGAGGACGAGCGGCCGGCGAAGCGCGCCCGUGCCGAUGCGCAGGAGUUUGAGAACAUUGUCGAGAACAUUGAGGUUAACGGAGAGAAGGCAGACAAGGACGAGGCACGGGAAGCCGUCCUCAGGGCCAUGUUCAAGGAGGCCGCAAAGGAGGACGCCGUCGAGAGCAACCGACGCAAGAUCUACACCGUCGUUCGCGAGGAGGGCGAUGAGUAG